AUGUGCACCAAUAUUCCAUUUCUUGUACAGAUCUAUUUUUCUAUAAAUCAGCUAAGUGGCGCAAUUCCAACAAAUCUAUCACAGUGUUCAGAGCUACAGCAGGUGUCCCUCUCUUACAACUUAUUCACUGGGCAGAUACCUGCGAAAAUCGGCGACUUAACAUCACUUCACACUUUAUUCCUCGGUGGAAACUAUUUGAAUGGUACACUACCAGCUGAGAUUGGCAAUCUUCACAACUUGGUGGUUUUUUUUGCUGUUGAAAAAAAUCAGAUUGGGGGAUCAUUCCCUUUCAGUAUUUUCAUGAAUAUGUCUUCUCUGCAAGAAUUAAUAAUAUGGAGAAACAAGUUCACAGGGAAUCUUUCAAAGGAUGUUGGAAAUCCUACAAUGCUAAUCGAAUUAUCAAUUUCAGAAAACUACAUGACAGGGUCUAUUCCUGACACUACUGGAAAGUUGCAGAAUUUGGCAAAUCUGUCUUUGGCAAAUAACAGACUAGAAGGUUCUAUUCCAGUUUCCAUGGGAAGCAUGCUCAGUUUGGUGACUCCUGACUUGUCUCACAACAACCUCUCUGUUUUGAGUGGAGAAAUUCCUAGUGGUGGCUCUUUCAGAAACUUUACUAUGGAUUCUUUUAAGGCCAAUGAGGCAUUGUGUGGAAUCCCGAGAUUCCAUGUCCCUAUUUGCCCUGGAGUUUCUAAUCAUAAAGAAUAUCUUAUUUAUGAGCUUAUGCAAGCAACUGAACAACUCAGUGAGAGCAAUCUUAUUGGAACUGGGAGUUCUUGCUCUGUUUACAAAGGAAUUCUUAACAAUGGGAAUGUUGUCGCUGUUAAGAUGUUCAAUCUUCAAUUACAAGGCAUUUCUAGGAGAUUUGAUGUCGAAUGUGAGAUACUUGAUAGCAUUCGACAUAGGUGCCUGACAAGCGUCUUAAGUUGUUGUUCCAAUGAAGAGUUCAAGGGGUUGGUACUUGAAUAUAUGCCCAAGGGAAACCUUGAGAAAUGGUUAUAUUCUCAUAAUCAUUGCUUGAAUUUUAUGGAAAGAUUAAAUAUAAUGAUUGAUGUUGCAUCUGCUUUGGAGUAUCUUCACCGUGUCUGUUCAACACCUAUUGUUCAAAGCGACCUGAAGCCAAGUAAUGUGUUGUUAGAUGAAGAUAUGGUUGGGCAUGUAAGCGGUUUUGGGAUAGCAUGGUGUUAA